AUGUUACGACACGGAAGCGUAUUGGGGCUCUUCUUGAAGCCCCUCAGCUGGAUUCCCAGCGGGCCUCAGCAUGCCGCCUACGCUGCUGCCCUCGGCCUCGUCGCCAUUCAGGUCGGCAUUGGAAUUAUCAUGAAGGUUGCUCAGACCGGCGGCUCAUAUUCCUUCUCGCCAUCUGCCUCCGUCACCAUUUCCGAGUUCUUCAAAAUGCUUCUGUCCACAAUGUUCUUCUACAACGAGUGCAAAAGACGGGCUGCCGAUGGCAUCCGUCCCUCGACUCGUGGUGGCGGCAGCGGCUACUCCUCCCUCGCCACCUCGGAGCUGCCUACAAACGAGAGGAGUAGUUUGGAUGAGAAGCGUGAGGAGGAGGGACUGAACGGAAGUGCCAGCUCUUCGAGCAAUGGCUCCGUCGUCGACAAGCACAUGCCAUUGCCAAAGCUGGACCUGAGGACGUUUUGGAGCUAUGUACGAGGCGAGGUCACGAGAGACGUCCGCUACGGUUUCUGCAACUUGGCGCUGUUCUACGUCCUCAUCAACAACUCGAUCUUCGUCAGCUACAAAAUGGCCGACCCCGGUACAAUUCAACUGACCAAGAGCGGCGUCACCUUCAUCACCGCACUCGUCAUGAUCGCGACCCUCAACACCAAGAUUUCCAAGAUUCAGUGGAUUGCCAUUGUCAUGCAGAUUUGCGGUUUGAUGGUUACCCAGUACAACCCCACGACGGGCACCACGUAUCCUUUCAGCACGUACUUCAUUCUGCUUUUCCAGGUCUUCCUGAGCGCGUCUUCGGGAGUUUACAACCAGGCUUUGCUCAAGACUGAUGACUCGAGCUUGCACGCCGACAACAUGAUUCUGUACGCUGCUGGUGCCGCCUGCAACCUGCUGUGCCAUCUGGUUAUCAAGACACUCAAGGCCGAUGAGCCGGGUUUCUUCGAGGGCUACAACAGCUUCGGCGCCAUCAUGGUCAUCGUCAGCAAUGUGUUCAUCGGCCUUGCCAUUACCGCUGUCUACAAGUACGCCGAUGCCGUCAUCAAGUGCUUUGCGACUGCCGUGGCCACCGGUAUCCUUCUGUACGUGUCGCCGAUUCUUUUCGGUACCAACCUCAGCUUCCUUGUCCUCCCCGGUACCGUCGUGGUCUUCAUUGCCUCCUGGCUGUACAUGGACAACCCGCCCCCGAAGGAUCCCAACGCCGCUCAGUCCAAUGAGCCCCAGAAGCUGUCAUUCUUCGGCAAGCUCGCGGCUGUUGCGCGCAAGUAUAACAAGAUAUUCCUGAUCGUUGCGAGCUUCAUCACCAUUGUCAUUGUGGCAUUCCUCACCAUGUCCGAGGCUAAGAUGCCCGACUUCGCCAAGGAAGGCGGAUCUAAGGCGGCCCCUGCGACCGGCCCGAAGCCUGUCACUGGCAAUGAGGAGAAGAUUUUUUCGCCAUUCAAGAACACUAUGGCGAUGAUCAGGUGGAAUUCUGCGCGUCCCGAGCGCAUUCCCAUGCUGCAGAAGUACGAGCCGUUCUUCCACACGGUUCAUAUCUCCAUGCCAAACAUGUUCAAGGAGGAGGACCCCGAGUUCCACAACUUGACCCACGACCAGUUCCCCGGCACAUUUACCGUCUACAAACAGGUCGCUCGCACCAUGAAGUUGAUUCUCGACACCCAGCCCGAGAUUGACGGCCUGAUGUACUACCACUUCGACGCGUGGAUUGACCCUCUUGGCUGGACCGGCAUGAACCCCUACAACAUCCACUUCCCCGCCAUCAUUGAUACCGCCCCGCCGUCUCACGGAGGCCCUGAAUACAUGUGCUUGACGGAGACCAAGAACUACAACUGGUGGGGCUGGGGCCAGGACUUCCACCGUACUGCCAUGGCUGCCGCUGCUGUUGUCGACAACUUCGACCUCGAGUACAAGGUCCGCCGCGAUGAGUGGUGUGUUGGCUGGAGCGAUAUCUACUACAUCCCCCGCCGCUUCUUCGCCGACUACAUUUUCCUGUCCGAGGUUUUCGCCGGCUUCGGCGUCUUUCACGAGGUCGCCAUUCCCACAAUCAUCCACAUCAUCGACCAGAGCCGCCGACGCAACCCCUUCCGGUCUGUCAUCGACCACAUCAGUGACUGCUGGGGCCACUGCUGCAGCUCCAACCCCAAGGUCCGCGACGUCUUGGGCGCCCGCUGCGGCCAUCGCCUCAACUACUUGGAGGAUGUUCCUACAAAUGCGUUCUACGAAAAGCUCGACGCUCAGGCCAGCAUCCUGGGCCAGCCCCUGAAUGCGACCAAGUACGCCAUGACAAGUGCUGAGAGCGCGCACAUGUUUGACAGCGCCGCGCUGGCGAGCAUCAACAAUGGCGAGGCGAAGAAGGUCGCGCCAGCCAAGGAUGAUGCCCUCGAGGAUGACCAGCGGGCAGACCAGUUGGCCAAGGACAAGGCCGCUCAAGAGAAGGAGAAGCUCAAGAGUGAAAAGGCACCAGUGGACAACACUGGCAAGCCUGGCGACCCCAAGGCCGACCCCAGCAAGGUCAAGCCGGCAGACAAGGAGCCCCUAAAGGAGGAGCACAAGGAUAACAAGGAGCCUCCCAAAGAGGCCCCUAAGGAGGCGCCAAAGGAGGCAGAGAAGAAGGACCCCAACGACGUCCUCAGGGAAGCAGACAGGGACCCAGACGUGAAGCGCAGGUUACGACGUGAAGUCAUCGCUGCGGUCGCUGGGUUCGGCUACUAA